AUGAAGACUUCUAUAUCCUCAGAUGUAUGGGAGAAGAAGAAGGCAUUGAUUGCCAAGUUGUAUAUGGAAGAGGAAUGGCCCUUGAAGCAAGUCAUUAAGCAGAUCCGUACCGAUGAUUUCAAUCCUAGUGAAACCCAACUACGAAGCAGACUGAAGAAAUGGCGGGUAACCAAGCCAUCUCGUCAAACUAGAAAGAAGAGUCUGGCAAGUGAAGCAGAGCCGAAGACGGAGGUCAAGCACAAGCCAUCCACCGUCCAACGCCCAUUGCCAUCAUUACCAACCAGAGAGACAUCAACGUCUCAUGAAUGGCCCAUGAGCCAUCCCAUCUACGGACAACCGUCCGCCCUCCCACGUCCCAUCCCAGACCAAGAUGAGGACCGUAAAUGGAGCCCUCCCAUGACCCAACAACUCACCCCAAGCCCCUCAGGCGAUCACGUCCUCGCCGUAGACCGCACGCCAGCUGUCUCCUAUGACCACAGCCCAACGACGACCUCCUUCGACCAUGCUCACACCUCCCCCGUCACCCAGGGUCUGAUGGUGAAUACCACCUCCGCCAUCGCCCCAAGCUACCCAGCCUACCCGCUCUCUCCUGAAUCAUGCCUGACUAGCCCGGCACCAACCACCACAGCCACAACCCCUGCCGGCGUUAGUUGGUCGCCUCGUGCUGUCUCAGUCGACUACGGUCUCAAUCCGUCUCAGUGGUACUCGCUGCCCUUUGAAGCUAUCACUCCCCCAGCGACUGUUUCGCAGUCGACUGCCCCCAUGACACCUGAAAUUCAGGGCUACCUACCCGGCCAAAACCAGAUGUACCAUCCCCAGUACCAUCACUACCAGGGGACAGAGUACCCGCAUGAGUACAGCGAUAGGAACUGGAAACGUGCGUUGUCAUUGCAGUACGACAUGGCCGGACACCCGGCACGUUCAGAGCAUGAGGGCAAGAACAUGCAGCCGCAUAUCCAGUUCCAACAUAGUCUGCCGUCGAUGUCGCAUUCUCAGAUUGGGCCUCAUUCGGUCAUGUGUGCCCCGAUUAUGCCUUAUAUGGGUCAUGAUCAAGUGCAGAAGCCUCCGGGCAUUGGAUACUAG